GGAAGUAAGCGGCCAUUACAAAAAUCGUUUCCCAAAACAAGCAGCAAGCAGACCGUUGUUUCUUCAACGCUUUCUAAUUCUUUAGUUAAUCAUUUUUUCUCUCCAUUAGCAUCCAUGGGUACAACCAGUUCAAAAAGUGGUGAACAAAGAAUCGAAAAACAAAUCAUUUUUAAGUCAAAGGACGGAGAAGUGUUCAGGAUUCCUGCUAUUUACUACAACGAAAAUGAAAAAAAGUUAUUUGCCUUUGCAGAAAAGCGGACAUCACAAGAUGAUUUUGACGUUGUGGCGCUGGUCAUGAGAACAGGAAAAGUGAACAUUAAGUCGGAAGUGAAGUGGUCAAAGCCUAAAGCAUUAGUGACGAAGUGCACCUGUGGAUAUCGUCCGAUGCACCCCUGUGUUGUGUAUGAAAAACACACAGAGACACUGUUCCUUUUCUUCAACUAUGUCAAUGAGAAAGAGUCAUGGCAGCUACAGCAUCACCAGAACAAGGCCCGUCUGCGCUACAUCACAAAGAAGAAGAAUGACAACAAGUGGAGUAAAUUCACUGAGGUGACCGAACUGCAGCCUGUGUUUAAAAACUGGUCUACGUUUGCUAUUGGACCGGGCCACGGCAUUCAAACUAAAAGUGGCAGAAUGAUUAUUCCAGCUUAUGCUUACUCAAAAGACAAACAACCGAUUCCACAUGCAUUCUGCUUUUAUAGUGAUGAUUAUGGUAGCACAUGGAAAUGUGAGAAAAUGCUGUCUAAAAUGUCAAUGGAAUGUGAGAUGACUGAAAUUUUGGAAAGCAGCAGCAAAGACAGCUUGAUCUACUGCAGUGCUCGCAGUUUCGGAGGCCAUCGAGUCCAAGAUAAGAUUGAUGAGAGUGGUGUCCAUACACUCACAACUGUUACACCCCUUGAGGAACCACAUACGAGUUGCCAGGGGAGUGUGAUUUCUUUUCCAGCUCAGUCUGGAGAUGCAAAAACCAGUGAGGAAAAGUGGCUACUUUUUUCACACCCGACAAAGCAGAAGUCAGAUUGGGAAAGACUUGAUCUGGGAGUGUAUGUGAGCACUUCCCCACUAAAUUCAAAAGGAAACUGUAGUGGAGAAUGGAGCCAACCGUGGGUCAUUAACCAGGGACACAGUGGUUACUCUGACCUGACUUACAUUGAAGAUGGCUGGUUUGCAUGUCUGAUGGAGUGUGGGGAGAAAUCUGCUACAGACGAGAUAGCAUGUCAGGUGUUCAGCUAUGAAGAGGUCCUGAGGGGCAUUCCAAACUUCAGGACUUGAAAAAACUGUAUCAUUAUUAUUCAAUAGAAGAAUAUCUUGUUAUUUAGUGACGCUUGCCAGCAAU